AUGAGUCUCCCCCGCACUUCUCCCGCCCCAGGUUUCGCAGGCAGCCCUUCCAAUGGCAGGCGAGGCAGAGAAAGAGGCAGGGAGAGCGCCAGCCAGGCGCCUGCCCUGCAGCAGAUUUCAGCACCACGGACAGCAGCCUCCCCCUUGGCCGCCUUCUGGGCUGGGUCGCCCCCUUUCCCUCCCGGGCCAAGGUCACCCCGGCUCGGCUUGCGGCGGCAGCUCACCUCCUUCCCCGGCUCCCUUCUCUCCCUUUCAGCCGGCGGCGGGCGGCAAGAAGCAAGGCCCGUGCAUCACAAUAACAAGGCGGAUGCUCCCCCCCCCCGCCCGCCUCUCUUUGCGACUACUCCGAAGCCUUGCAGAAGCGGAGGCAACCGCGGCAACAGCAGCAGCAGCAGCGCCUCCUCCUCUUCCUCCUCCUGCUCCUGCUCGCCUCCGUCCUCCUCCGCCUUCACCGGAGGAGCGAGGCCGCCCGUCACGUGGGGAAGCGGCACGUCAAAGGUGCCGCCGCCGCCGCCACUGCGAAAUAUCCCUCCUUCCCUCCCUCCCGGCUGGGUUGGGCUGGGCUCUCGGGCGGCGGGGCUGGCGAUAGAUAACCUUGACAGCGAUUCGCGCCAAACGGGGAGGGCUCCGGAGGAGGAGGAGGGAGGGAGGGAGACGUGUCAGACGGCCUCCCGCUCUCGUUCCAGCACAGGUUCUGCGCAGGGACGCGCCGAGGGGAGUAGGGUCCCCGGCAUCAUCAAGAAACCCCAAGGGCCCUUCCGCCCAACCUCUUGCCGCGCAGGAGCGAGGAAUCAAAGCACUCGAGGCAGAGCAAUUGAUUGGAUAUAAGGAGAAAAUCAGGAGGGAGAGUUCUAUUUCUCAUAUGGGAAGGAAGCCAUUUAUGGAAGUAGGGUUAGCAAUGUCUUCUCUGUUUCCAUAUCCAAUCCUAAUCUGAUCCAAAACUGAUAACGUGUUUGUGUUUUUUUCCCUUGCUUCUUUUAAAUGCUGCACUUCAGUGAAUGAAUGUUUGCUCUAAUUUUUGUGAUGCCUUCUGGAGUCAAGCUAGGUAUGCACCAACAGAGUAGAGCUCUGUACAUGUUCCUUUCUUCUUCUCCCUCCACUCGAAUUCUGUCUCAUCAGGAAGAUUGUUGGGUCCUCCCACACUAGCCAGAUGUCAUAAAGGAACAUAACCUGUCCCCUUCCCCAAUAACAGAGAAAUUAAAUGGAAAAAUGAGCUUCAACAAAGAUGCCCAGAACCCCCGAGGAACAAGCUGGUGGCAACACAAGGAGAUUUCAUUUCCAUUCAGACAUCUGGAGGAUCAUAUUGUUAAUGGCUAGUGUGGAAAAUAUGACAAAUAAAAAUAAUUUGAUAAUUUA